AUGAUUUCGAAAGAUGUGGCCAGUUCUGGAAAGCACCUGAAGCCACACUCGAUACAAAUUCUCAGCAUUUUGAGACUGCUAAGUGUUGAUAGGGGUGAUAUCGGCGUCGAGAAACAUCUGGCGCAGAUAUUGACCGGCCAGGGCAAAUCGCUGGUGCUGGGACUGUCCGCUGCUUUACUAGCCUUGUUCAAUCACGAUAUUGUGGUGGUUUGCUACAGUGAAUAUUUAGCGACUCGCGAUUUCAACGAUUUUAAAGACUCUUUCACAUCUGUGGGUCAUAUUUUAAGUUUCCCACGAAAUUCACAAACAUUACUAGACAGAGAAAUUGCUCUUCUUUCCUAUACUGGUGGUGAUUUGCAUGGCGGCAUUGAAAUACGAUCUACAGAUGUGAAAGAGGGGUUUGUUUCAAAAUGCAGUUACGCCCUUUUGAAAUGUUGGUGCCGAUAUAUCAAUAAAUUACCACUCAAUGAUGAUUGGAUUCGAAGCUUCAGACUAGAUUCUGAUGGUAAUAUUAAGCAUAAAGAUGACUUUGGUGUGUUUCGAAAUCAAAUAAGGGGAUAUCAAAACUCGUUCAUCUAUUUCAAACUACGGAAUAACAACUUCGUACAAAGUUCGAAUGGUCUAAACAACUUUGGAUACCUGAAUUUGAGUAUUGCUUCGUAUUCAUACUCCAGGAUCCCGGAAAAGUUCCCAUUAAUCUUGGGAGUCACCGGUACUCUGAGUGAGUUGACUGCCUACGAGAAAAACGUUAUUGAAAACCAUUACAAUAUUUCGAGCAGCUCCAUCAUGCCUUCAUUCUUCGGUAUUUCCAACCUGAAGUACGACCCGAUUCACGAUUUUCAAUGUCACAAAUCCUCGAUCCAAUGGAGACAUGCGAUCUUCAGUCGAAUCAACGCGGUCAUCAACGCUCAGCGGGCCGUGAUUGUAUUUUUCGAUAGCGAAAGUGAAAUUGCCGACUUCAGGAAGGAUUUUCAAUCUCAGCUGGAUCGACUGAACGAAAUCACCAUCAAUACAGAGGCCAAAAUCCGAGAUCGCUACAUUGCAGAAGCGGGCCUGAGUCGAACUGUUACCCUGGCGACUCCCGAGAUGGGUCGUGGCGUGGACUACAAGUCUUCGUUGUCAGUGGAGAAAAACGGUGGAAUCCAUGUCAUCCAAACGUUCUUCUCAAUGGACGUUAAGGAGGAAACGCAAAUCAAGGGACGCACGGCUCGAAAGGACAAUCGGGGAAGCUAUGAGCUGAUCGUGUGCCAGAUACAUCUCCUGAAGCUCAAACUGACAACUUCAUAUGACAGAGUUGAUACGAUUAGCUAUAAACAUCUAUUGCAUUCCAGGAAGGAUCAGACCAUCACGAACAGUUCAACCACGACUGUGAAACUCUACAAUGCGAAUGAAACGCACGAAAAAUGCAUUAAAUUUUACAGGAAUAUGGGAAUAAAUGUUUGAAAAAUAAUGCCUAUAUUUAAUCAAUUCUUCCGAAAAAUAAAACAAGUUCCCAGGAGAAUCACAACAUAUAACGCAACGUUCAGCAAAUUUGAAGACCAUUUGUCGAUUCAUGUACAACUUUUCAAUUCCCAAUAACUUUUAGUCCGGUGCUGAUUCUGUUGGAUUCUAAGAGUAAUUCAUUUCAGCAAAAUUUCCUCUUCAAAUAAACUAGGUACCCCAUGUUGUAUGGCUGGACCAAUAAAAAAUAUACACAUUCGUUCAUGAUCUACCAUGAAACAUUAUUCAAAAUCGAUUGAUCUACAACAAACUGUAACUUUCUUGAAUACUGCGAAGGAUACCUAUGCACCCGACCUUGUUUACGUGAAAUGGAGUCGAUGGAACGACUGGCUAGGAAGCGGAGCAAAAUUUUACUGGCGGUCAUGCUGCAGCAUGAAACCCGACAGAUCAUGAAACAAAAAGAAACGGAUGCGGUAGAAUAGUGAAAAAAAAACCGAAAUGGAAUAUGGGGAGUUGUUAUUUGCUAAGCCGUCCUAUGAAACGACAGUUGUGCCAGUUGCUGAAAUGCCCAGGUGCAUCGUCAUUUUUUCAGUGUUUUAAGCAAUUCGGUCUUUUUAUAUUCUUCAUAAUCACAGCGUAUCGUAAAUGUGACUCAAAUAAACA